AUGCGGCGCGUCGCCUUCACAGGGAAUUUGCUACUACCACCGCUCCUCACGGCGGCGCUUUUAUUGGCGCUGUGUCACGCCGCGGCUCUUCUGCGAGUAGUUUCCGCUGCAGCGGUGCAUCCGCCGAUCAUCUCCCGCGAGUUGCGCCGACUCCCGGACACCGCAGGUGUUUUGCGCGCAAUAUUCCGCGGAUCCAGGAACUCCGGAGUUUUAACAUCGGCGCGAAGCGCGAACCGCAGUGCGACAGCGGCAGGUGGUCGGGGGAUACGCGAUGGCCCGAUCUGCGGUAAAGAAUCGGCGGAAGUUGGCGCGGUGCGGGGAUAUGCGGCGCUUUGCGGUGACGAGGCCGCGCCGCAGCAAGGGCCGCAGCAGUGGCAGACGCAGGGGGGAAAGCAGCAGGAGGCGGGAGAGGCACCGGAGUGGGCGAAGCGGGAGCAGCAGCGGUGGGAGCGGGACCAGCGGCCGCAGAGUGCAGAGGAGAUUGCGAUGCAGGAGGAGCACUGGCGGCAGCAGCAGGCGCUCGUGAAACCGCGGCUGCGGCAGUGGCGGCAGCAGGCGAAGCGGAUGAGACAAGUGACCCGAGCUAAGGAGGCUGUGUGGGCGGCAGAGGCGAGGAGCAGAUGGGCGGCAGCGGCGCGGGCGGGGGAGAGGGCGGCAGGGGCGGCAGGGGCGGCAGGGCGGUUUGCAGUGAUGACAGAAGACGACAUGGAUGACAUGAUGCCGGGCGGCACACUCUCCUGGCAGCGCCUGAAAGCCACCGCCACUGCCGCCCAUCCCGACACUCCCGACAAUCUCCAGGCCACCAUCGCCACCGUCAAUCCCGAGGGAACCGUCACUCCCAAGGCCACCGUCACUCCCAAGGGGGCAGCAAAGCCAUGCUCCCCGCGACACAGCAGCCCGGUGAUCAAAGUCUUUUCAGUGUCAGACAUCGCCAAGCGCACGCGGUACUCUCCCCACCAGACCGUCACCCUCGUGCUGUACCGCUCGCUCUCCCUCUCCCGCGGGCUCCUCUUCGGCACCAACUUCUCCUGCACCAUCUUCCGCUCGCGCUCCCUACCUUCCCGCCACUCCAUCUCCCUCUCUCGCUCCGAUGAGCCGGUGCUGCGCGUGCACAACGCCAGCAACAUCCUCUUUAUAGGGAUCGCCCUGCGCAGCGCCGUGCGAAACUCCUCCCCUUUCUGCGAGACGCUGCCCGAGUACGGUGCCCUCAUGGGCUUCGAAAUCAUCUGCCCGGCUCUCCACAUCUACCGCUCCUUCGGAAUCCAGUUCACUCAAGCUUCCGUGCUCGGCCGAAUCGACGUCUUCCGAUCUGGUUACACGAAGCUAGACUCUCUCUUUGUAACUGCUCCUGGAACGUACGAGCGGUCGCCUGGAGUGAUUCGCAUGGGCAUGUGUGGGCUCGGCAUGACCCUCGUUUCCUCCAAGAAUGUAAUCACCAACAACGAUGUGUUUGGCGCGUGGGAGUUGAUUAACCUCUACCGGGGAUCGAUCGGCGUGAAAGUGCAUAAUAAUUUCCUGCAUGAUUAUUUGUUCGCGGGGUUCCGGUGCGGCGCUGACGUGCACUACUCGUGGGACUGCAUGCUGACGUCAGUCAAGAACAAUUUUGUCUUCACGCCUCAGUCCAAGGGCCGCCUGACGUUUGACUCGGCGGGAAUCUAUUUCUGCACUCACUGGUUCAACCCUGGUAGCACCGUCUCCUGCAACUAUGUGAUAGGCGGGGACCACUGCUACUACCUCGACUACUGCACAUCAGGCGUGGACAUCACAGGGGGCGUGUGCGCGCAGCUUUGGGACGGCGUGAAGCUCAACAACGGCAAGCGCAACCGAGUCCGCAGCCUGCUCAUGGUCAGCCUGGGGCAGAGCCCGGGGUACAUUACCUGUCUGACAGUCACCAUCAACCACUGUGGGAAGGACCCUGGGACUUAUUGGGAGCGGAUGCGCAAGCGAUACUACAACUCUCCAGAGAUCAAUAAGCUAUGGCCGUGGAUGAGGCACGUGUGCAGGCAAACACGCAUCGGCACGCAGUCCUGCAACCCCGCGGGACACAAGGCUCUCACCUCCAAGCAGACUGGUGCCUGCAGCGGCCUGCCCACUGAGAACGACGUUGAGCUCAUCGCAGUAGAUGCCGAUACAAGCCGGCCGGACGAGUACCGGUACUGCGGGCGCGUGCCUGCUGCCCGGAAGGUGAAUCGGCAGGUGCUCUACAGGUACACUGGCGACGAAAUGCGGUUUCGCGAUUAUAGUAAAGGGGAUUACGGUCAUGCCAUUCACCGCAGCGCUCACAAUGCCCCCUGCGUAUCCCGAGCAGCAGGAGAAGCAGCAGAAGGUGUAGGUGCAGCAGCAGCAGCAGCAGCAGCAGCAGCAGCAGCAGCAGCAGCAGCAGCAGCAGCAGCAGCAGCAGCAGCAGCAGCAGCAGCAGCAGCAGCAGCAGCGGUGCGCAGGAUGGCCCUAGCAGCCAACAUGCCAUCCACUGCAGCACUGACGAUGCCCCCUGCGUAUCCCGCCCCCUCGCCUAUCGGGUACAGCCCCGGCAGCGACACACUCUCGUAA